UGAAGAACUUGGAAACUGGCAGAAGCACUCCAGGAGUAAAGAUGUUUUUUGGACAUGAAAUAGUCAAUGUGGAAUUGCUGGAUGAACCAGAUUCAGGGAAGGGAACAGCAAUGCUCCCUGAGUGCACUUCAGCUGUUGAAGGGAACAAACAAGCAGACACAGGACCAGCAGAUUGUGGCCCAUGGAGUUCUCCUUGCGUUUCACUAGAGAGCCAGCUCAGAGCCUCAAAUAGCUUAAAAUACUCCCUCUCAGAGAAGAAGGAGAAUGUGGAGUACACAGUUGUUGAUUGUUUCCAGCAGAAAUUUGGCCCAGCAGUGCUGCACCUAAAACAGCAGUGUGUUGUCAGUAUAGCAGGAGAAGGUGUUAAUUUGUGUCGUCAUGGAAAACUCUCAUGGCUUGCGAUAGCAACAAAAAGCCGUAUUUUUCUGUUUGAUAUCUUCCUUCUGGGACCUCAGGCUUUCAAAAAUGGAUUACAAAUGGUGCUGGAAGAUAAAAACAUCUUGAAGGUCAUGCAUGACUGCCGCUGGAUCUCGGACUGCCUCUUUCACCAGUACGGUGUCCUUCUCUUCAAUGUCUUUGAUACACAGGUUGCUGAUGCUAUGCAGUUCUCAAUGGUAACAGGCGGCUUCCUUCCACACCGAGUCUGCACGUUACAGGAGUGUUUGAUGCAGCACUUGAAGAGACCUUCCAAAUGGGAUGCUAUCAUGAAGUGCAGGCAGCAGAUGGCUUCAGAGAAUCCUGACAUAUGGUUCUUGAGACCCUUUCCAGCUUCUCUGCUUGAAGCACUUGCUCUGAAGGCUAAGUGCCUUCUGCUGCUCCACUCAUCUCUAAUGGAUAAUCUGAUGUCUGACCUAACAGCUGUAGUACAUGAUUAUUUAAAUGCUUUUCGGACUGGGUCUGGAGAUCGCCUUGGGAGCACAAAG